AUGGUCUUCUCAGCACGACAUGGGGAGCAAGAUGACCCCGAGUCGGGUCAGCUUCUCAACAACACCAAUGAAUACGACGAUGAGAUGGAAAAGAAAACCCCCGAAAAGACCGGCACUUCAUCCAUGCUCGGUGUAGCCAUAUGGACGAUGAUCAACGUUGUCUCAACAGUUGCCAUUGUCUUCACCAACAAAACCAUCCUCUCCGACCCAUCCUUCCGCAACUGCCAGAUCUCCUUCGCCGCUUACCACUUCUUCGUCACGGGCGCCACACUAUGGGUCGCCUCCCGGCCCUGGUGCGGCCUCUUCGUGCCCAAGGAAGUCAACAUCCGGCAAAUGCUGCCCUUAUCCGCCGCCAUGGGCGUGCAAGUGAUUCUCCAGAACCUCGGACUCGCCAACUCAUCCGUCAUGUUCCACCAACUCGCUCGUCUGCUGCUCACCCCCGUAACCGCCUUCCUGAACUACAUUCUCUACGGCGCGCGGAUUCCCCGCGCCGCCAUCUCCCCGCUGGUGCUCCUCUGCGCCGGCGUCGGCAUCGUCACAUACUACGACUCGCUGCCCAAAGAUGAUGGCAAAACCACCACCUCGCUCUGGGGCAUCAUAUUCGCCUUCUCGGGCGUCGGAGCCAGCGCUAUCUACACCGUCUGGAUCGGGUUUUAUCAUCGGAAACUCGAGAUGUCGAGCAUGCAGCUUCUGUUGAACCAGGCGCCGAUUAGCGCGGGGUUGUUGCUGAUUACUAUCCCUUGGAUCGAGACUCCGCCGGUCAUGUCGUAUGUGCCGAGCUCGAUGUGGUUUAUGAUUUUGACGAGCGGCGUAUGCGCCUGCCUCGUCAACCUCUCCGGAUUCUACAUCAUCGACGCCGCAGGUCCUGUGAGCAGCACUGUCAUCGGUCAGUUGAAGACGUGUGUGAUUGUGGGCCUGGGAUGGGCAUCGAGCAGCCAUGUCGUCAUGAACCAGAGCAUCAUGGGUAUUGUGAUGGCGUUGGUUGGAAUGGGAUUGUAUAUGAAUAUUAUUUUGAGGCAGCCUAAUGUGAAGGCAUAG